AUGGCGAAUAUGGGAUUCUUCGAGCUGCUGAUGAAGAAGAAGGAGGUAAGUUUUAAAGCAGAUGCAGGACUGACACCAGAUGGAUGGAGUCUGGGUUAUCAUCCGUUCCUCUGCAUAUAAGCAUAUAUGCAUAUAUAUGCACCUUGUUUCCCAAACGACAAAAACCCAAAAGUAAGUGUUCCAGCUUGCAAACGUUUUUCAGAAGCCGAAUGUCAGAUCCAGCUGUCAGCUAUUUUUUCUGGGGCGCCUGCACCAAUCAGAAGCUGCGCCUUGGUUUUCUAACAGACUUCCAGAACGGAUUAAGUUUGGCGCUUUUGUUUUUGCUAUUUAUCUUGUGUUUUUGAGGCUUUUUUGGUUCAUUUGUUUUUGUGACUGUGUGGAACCCAGUUCAGCUAUUGAUUGAUUAAUUGAUUUUUGUGUGACUGUGGAAAUGGAUAAAAGCCCCCCAUCCAAAGAAUGACUAUCAUCAGUGCAGGUAAGAAAAAAUAAUAAUUUUAAUUUUUGUCAUCUAUAAUACUGUCUUAUUUAUUUUAUAGUACAGUACAUUGAUUAUUGCUUUCAUUUUAUGGAUCAAUGGUCUCAUUACAUAGUAAAAUUCAUGUUAAAUUGCUGUUUUAGGGGUUGUUUUUAAAAGUCUGGGCCGGAUUAACCCAUUUUGCAUUACUUUCUAUGGGAAAGCGCGCCUUGGUUUUGGAACGCUUUGGUUUUGGAACAGACUUCCAGAACGGAUUAAGUUUGAGAACCAAGGUACCACUGUAUAAGGUUCUUCAUUGAGCCAAGCAAGGAGAAUGCAAGCACUGGGGAGAGAGAUUUUCUGAGAGUCAUCUCCUCCUCACUUGUCAUCCUUUCAAACUCGUCUUUAGAGGAGGUAAAAGGUAAAGGUAAAGGGACCCCUGACCAUUAGUCCAGUCGUGUCCAACUCUGGGGUUGCGGCGUUCAUCUCGCUUGAUUGGCCAAGGGAGCUGGUGUACAGCUUCCGGGUCAUGUGGCCAGCAUGACUGAGCCGCUUCUGGCGAACCAGAGCAGCGCACAGAAAUGCCAUUUACCUUCCCGCCAGAGUGGUACCUAUUUAUCUACUUGCACUUUGAUGUGCUUUCGAACUGCUAGGUUGGCAGGAGCAGGGACCGAGCAACGGGAGCUCACCCCGUUGCGGGGAUUCGAACCGCCAAUCUUCUGAUCGGCAAGUCCCAGGCUCUGUGGUUUAACCCACAGCGCCACCCGCGUCCCUCUUUAGAGGAGGGAUGGCACUUAAUUUACGUAAGACCCAUACAUCACCUCGAUGUUGCUAAGAGAAAUCCCUGUCUUCCUUCUCUCUUCCAGCUGAUUCCUCUGAUUGGAUUCGUGGGAUCUGCUGGAUGCUUCGCAGUCUAUUCCAGCUGGCACUCUCUGAGAAAACCUGAUGUUGUGUAAGCAACACAGCCCUUCUUUCAUCUUAAAUCAGCCACAGGAUUUUUUUAAUGUGGGGUUGGGAGCUUAUUUCCAAGUAGAUGUAUUUUAAACUGGGCUAUAAGGACCAGUUUUGUAAAAGUGAUUAAAGGGGGUGGGGCCCCUGUAAUAAUACAGUUAAAUACAAGAAGUCAUUUCACCAUAUCUGAUCAUCAAUACAUUUCAUUUUUAGUUUUAAUAAGUCUGGCAACCAAGAACCAUGGCAAGAUGUGGAUUUUACCAAGCCCCAGAAGGUAAUGAAAAUGCUUGACCAAGAAAUGAAUGGUUAUAGUUCCUAAGUAUAUUGUGGGUUUUCAUUCAGAAAUAUUAGCGAUUUUUCAUAUAGGCUGAUGUGUUAAUAGAGUGGUUGUACAAGUGGUGAACUUUUGCUAAAUACAGAGAUUUGGACACAAUGCCACCUUUAAUGUUUGUAAACUGCAGUGCGAUCGCUCUUGAUGAAGGAUGGUUUUCGUGUGAUAAAGUGAAGAAGGGCUUGACUUUGGCUAUCUCAUGGCCAAUAUUAUUUGAAUGGUUUACGUAGUAAAGAUCUAGUUUAUAAUGUUUUAAUUACUGCAUUUGUUGGUCAUUUUAUAUAUACCGUAUUUUUUGCUCUAUAAGACUCACUUUUUCCCUCCUAAAAAGUAAGGGGCAGUGUGUGUGCGUCUUAUGGAGCGAAUACAGGCUGCGCAGCUAUCCCAGAAGCCAGAACAGGAAGAGGGAUCGCUGCUUCGCUGCGCAGCGAUCCCUCUUGCUGUUCUGGCUUCUGGGAUUCAGAAUAUUUUUUUUCUUGUUUUUCUCCUCCAAGAACUAGGUGUGUCUUAUUGUCCGGUGCAUCUUAUAGAGCGAAAAAUAUGGUAUAUAAGCGUCUCUAAGUGACUUAAUAAGAAGGUAAAAUGCAAACAGGAAAAAUGUACUGUAUUAAAAGCCAAAUUUCUUUAUUAUUUUUUUUAAAUGAACUAUACAUUACAAAAUUCCUAAAUUGCUCAACCAACAAUACAGUAUGAAGAGCAAUGGCUUACUCCAUAUAUAGCUUCUUGUGUAAUGAAAAUCAUGAAUGUACAAAUUACCCAAUAUUUUGGGGGAAAUUGCUACUAGAUAAUUGGGUUGGUGUUUGCAUUUUUUAACAUGUUGCUCUUUCGUCUCUUUGUCUUGAAAUGCCUGGUAGCAUAUAACUAUAAACCAGCAAUGGAAGCCCAUCGAAGAGCUGGAGAAAGUAAGAAAAAUAACAAAGGGAUGAGAUGUCAUUGCUUUGAAACGUGGAGUUCAGUGAGCUAUAUUCUAUCCAUUUGUGAACUUUAAAAAGAGUCGGCUUAUUUUUCUCUGAAAUAAUACUGUAAUUUGCAUUUUCAAUAAACUUGGAGUUUCAGUUUAAAGUUAGGUCAGCAAACAGAAUUUCCUUUUUGGUUAACAGGGGCAAAGAUCAAUCCUAGCAUGGUUACAAUCCUUUAUGGUUAUUAUUAUUAUUGUUGUUGUUGUUGUUGUUGUUGUUGUUGUUGUUGUUAUACUGUGGAGCAGGGACUCUUAAAUUAGUUCUCUAACUUCAGCUGAUUGAGUCUCUUUAAUCUUUACUUCGGAGAAAUAUCUGGGUUUCUUUCUACCUGCCUUUGUGUUGAUACACUUUCCUUUUUGGAAAAUACUUAAAAAGAACAAAUUUCAUUCUCCCAGGUUUUUUCCACGUGAGAUAAGAAAAUGCACAAUCACAAAAUGCACAAAAAUUGAUUUACCCCAAAACUGCUUCUAGUCCCUGGAAGGAGCUUUCUAUUUCAACCCACGGAACGUUUCCUUGAGGAGUUUAAUAACAGCCACGAGAGAUGGGGACAAUUUUUGUCAGGACUGCAAGAGCAGAGGAAAGGCGUUGCUUUCAUAGUCUGCUUUUCCUCUUAGUUGCUUAGUGUGGUGCACAGAAUUCUCCCUCUCCACAUUUUAUCCGCACAACAACCCUGAGACACCACAACCAACCCAAGAUGAUGUCCGGCUGAUGGCUCAUGCCCAGUUCCACUUGUUCCAUGCCUUGAAAGCAAACCACAUAACCAGCUGGAAAAUCAGCCUUUCAGGAGUCCUUAAGCACCUGCUUCUGAUUAAUAAGAAAAACUGGCCCAGUCCUCCCUGCAGAAGCUAUUAAAACAACCCAAAGAAAUGUGAUACAUAGGCAGAAAAGGAUUAGUUCACUUGCUGCUCCCUUUCUUGUAAGUCCUAAGUGCAGUUCAUUUAUUUAGCAAAGCUAAGCAGGGUCUGGUAUGGUUUCAGAUUGGAUGGGGAACAACGUGUUGAGAUUUCUUCAUCGCAAGAGGUUGGGCUAGAUGACCCCUGAGGUCCCUUCCAACUCUCUAUAAUUUUAUAUUCCUUCUUCUCCCCAAAUUGGGAUUCAAGGCAGCUCCCAGUGUUUAAAGCAUCAUACAAAGUAAUAAAAAAAAAGCUAGUUUCAGACAAUAAUCAAAAUGCAUCAGAAGCACAUUUAGAACCGCCAGGCAAAAACGUUCAUUUUUAACCAGGCAUUUGGUUGAUUUGAUUUGACAUCCUAUGCCCUUUUUAAAUGUUUUGCGGGGGGGGGUGUUAUUGGUUUGUUUUAUAUUUUGAUUUUAUUCUGUGAACCGCCCUGAGACCUCUGGGUAUAGGGUGGUAUAUAAAUUCAAAUAAUAAUAAUAAUAAAUAAAUCCAAGCGAUUUGCUGCUUCUCCCAUGGUUUUCUGUUUGCCCCACCACAUUCCACAGGAAAACCUGCUCUUUAGUGCUGAAUCGGAGCGAUCAAUCCGUGGGAAAUGCAGUUGACAUUUGCGCCAAUUCAGCGUAAAGAAUGGAUUUCCCCUGGGAAAUUUGAUGGGAAAAGCUGAAGUCUGGAUGAGCGCUGCAUGGGGAUUCACACCCUGCUCUAACAGGUCCUAGUCCAACAUCCUAACUACAGCCACACUGCCCAAUCUUGAUUACUGCUUUGACCAAAAUUGCCUUGCCACCGCUACUGGUAUUUGGUUUAAUUGGAUCCUAAGCCUAUUUAUUGAGCACAUAGCUGAACUGAGAUUAGAAACAAAAAUGUCCUUGUGGCUCAGAGCUCAUAUUCAACAGCAACAUCAAGUCAGUACUGAGAAAAAACAUACCAGUAAUCCAAACAUACAGAAAAUAUUCUACAAAUUCAGCAUGUGUACAUUUUGAAUCCGAGAAUUCUUGGCACCUGGAUUGGUUUUGUUUUUUGGGGGGUUUUUUUGCUGCCUUCUUUCUAGGUGGUAGUUUCCCCAAUAUAUUGCUCAUUUUUCUGCACUCUUUUUUUUUAUUCUCAUGUAUUUUUUUAUGCAGUUCAGAGCAUGUUAGCGGGAUAGGCACAGGCUUGAGAGCCAAACGACAUGUUAUGUGUGGGAGAUCUAUUCUCCUGACAAGUUGAUAUUUACUUCAGAGAAAAUAUACAGGGCAUCAACAUUUGUUCGGAGAAGGGAGGAAUCUCCUCCCCCCCCCCCCGCAGCAACAACCGCUUGACCACAAGUGUUAUGUACUGAAGUUCUCACCCUGGGCCAGCAGGGGGAUACUGUAGAUAGUUUUCACUCAGGUCCACAUAUGCAAAUAAGGGAUUGAAAGUGACGUUCAGUGAUUGGAUAGUUACAGAAAGUUAUUACAGUUACGUUGUACUGGAGCUCUAUAUAAACAGGCUGGCUGAACCCUUCAGUUCAGUUUUGUUCUGGCCUGUGAAUAAACAAGAGCUGUUUGAAGAAUCGCUGUGUCGUCUGAUAUGUUCACCCACAACUUAACAACAAGAGUCUGGGUAUGGGGUCUUUUCUCGUCCUUUCUGUCAAGCUGAGAUUUUCCCCGCCUGGCCAUUUCUGGGGGGCUUCAUUUUCUUUCCACCUGUGAAAAUGUGCUCUCUCCAUUAAUGUACAUUAGCUGUGUACAGGUGUGGAGCUUCACAUUCAAAUUAUACAGGGGUCAGGAAACUUUUUCAGCAGGGGGCCGGUCCACUGUCCCUCAGACCUUGUGGUGGGCUGGACUAUAUUUUGGAGGGGAAAAAUGAACGAAUUCCUAUGCCCCACAAAUAACCCAGAGAUGCAUUUUAAAUAAAAGGACACAUUCUAUUCAUGUAAAAACACGCUGAUUCCCGGACCGUCCACAGGCCGGAUUUAGAAGGCGAUUGGGCCGCAUCCAGCCCCUGGGCCUUAGUUUGCCUACCCAUGACAUACAUGAUCUUAGAAAAUAACGUAACCUCUCACGCACCACCCACUUUCCAUAUUGUGUGACCCCACCCACCUUUUACUCCACCUUGCAGGGGCAUUUGGUACAGAAUGGCAUUAUAAACAAAGGAGAUACAGCAUUGUAUUCUGUAGGUAAAAGGUAAUGGACCCCUGGAUGGUUAAGUCCAGUCAAAGGCGACGAUGGGGUUAGGGCACUCAUCUCGCUUUUCAGGCUGAGGGAGCCAGCGUUUGUCCACAGACAGCUUUCUGGGUCAUGUGGCCAGCAUGACUAAACCGCUUCUGGUGCAACGGAACACCAUGUCGGAAAACGGAGCACACAAAAAUGCCAUUUAGCUUCCCAGCGCAGCUGUACCUAUUUAUCUACUUGCACUGGUGUGCUUUUGAACUGCUAGGUUGGCAGGAGCUGGGACAGAGCAACGGGAGCUCACUCUGUUGUGGGGAUUCAAACCACCGACAUUCCGAUCAGCAAGCCCGAAAGGCUCAGUGGUUUAGACCACAGCACCAUCUGCGUAUUCUGUAUUCUGUACUCUGUACAGUAUGCCCCAAGAGCAGCUAUUGUGUUUGUUGAAAAUGCCAGUAGAGUACAGCCUUGCAACAGAAAAGGACCUCAGUGUAGAUUGGGGAAAUCUGGCAGAGCCAUUACCUAAGCGCCAGGACAGAAUGACUAAGACAGGGGUGACCAACUCCCAAGAGACUGCGAUCUACUCACAGGGUUAAAAACUGGCAGUGAUCUACCCCAUUUUGGGGGGUUCAGGUCAAAGUUGUUGAGCUUCUUUGGGGGGAGCCAGUGAUCUACCUGUGAUCUAACCACAACAGUCCAGUGAUCUACUGGUAGAUCACGAUCUACCUGUUGGACGUGCCUGCACUAAGAGACCUAAAAUAAAUAAAUAAAGAUUCAUCCUGCGAUUGUGUCAUGCUUUAUGAUGAAUGUCUGAAGCACAAGCAAAACAGGCACUGAAUAAUAAAGUUAUACCUCUGAAGUAGGGGAAACUCCGGCAUGCAGGCACACAGCCCAAAAUGGGUAUGGGACAAGGGGCCCUUUUGCACAGCACAGAUUCAUGGAGGGCAGGGCUAUCUUUCCCCGGUGACUAUGCUCUGCCUCCAUAGCCAGAGGUAGGAAGCUUCUGAACAGCAAUUACUGAAAACUGCAGGAGGGGAGAUAAUUGUCACACUCAAGUCCUGCUUGUGUGCUCAGUGGGAAACUGUUUUAACUGCUAUAACAAGGGGGUCUCUGGGUCCCCCCCCCCCUUUAUAUUUUCCCUUCUACACGGUUUCAGUUUCUCUUUCUCUCUCUUUUAUUUACGUCUUACAAUGUUUAGUGCACAUAUAAUUAUGCUUUUGAACUUUCAAUAAAGAUGUUAAAAUAAAAUAUCUCCAGGCAAUCUAAUGAUCUCCAGGCAAUUUCUCCAACAAGGCAAAGCUCUUUCCAUACUUUUAAAAAUUUUUAUUUAUGCUUUUCAGGUUUAUAGCUUUCACUAAUUUUACAAUUACUUUAACAUUUCAAAACUUGACCUCCUUCCCCCUCUUUCUGCAGUUCCUUAAAUUUAUUUUUAAUAUCUUCUGCAUAUCCAAAUUAACUUUAUUUGCUCAGUUUUUCAUCUACUUUAUUUAAUAUAUACGCUUAAGAAACGGCAGGUUAUUAAUAAUCCUGCCAAUGUUCUUAUCUGUUUACAAUUGAUCUGUAAAUAUUCAAUAAACCAUUUCCAUUCUUUUAUUAAAAGUUUGUUAUCUUGAUUUAUUAUUCUUCCAGCAGGUUUUGCCAUUUCUUCCAGUAAGUUUCGACAUAGCUCUUUCCAGACUAUUAGUCAGUUUUUAAAAACUGGCUUAUAAACCUUGCCAGGGGGAGGAUAAUUGCACUUGAGACUUGGGCGGUAUACACAUUGUACAUUUCAAAGUGCAGGGCUUCCUCCAAAAAAACCUGGGAAUUGUGCUUGCGACGAUGGGGUUGUGGCGCUCAUCUCACUUUCAGGCUGAGGGAGCCGUUGUUUGUCCAAAGACAACUUUUCGGGUCAUGUGGCCAGCAGGACUAAACCACUUCUGGCACAACAGGACACCGUGACGGAAACCAGAGCACACAGAAACACCGUUUACCGUCCUGCCACAGCGGUACCUAUUUAUUUACUUGCACUUUGACAUGCUUUCGAACUGCUAGGUUGGCAGGAGCUGGGACAGAGCAACGGGAGCUCACCCAGUCGCAAGGAUUCGAACCACCAACCUUCUGAUCAGCAAGCCCAAGAGGCUCAGUGGUUUAGACCACAGCGCCACCCGCAUCCCUUAUGUGUAGGGAGUGCCAGUGUUGCAAGGCUUAGGGGCAGAAGCAGCAAGAGGAACCCCACAUGUUGAAGUUGUAGUUGUUGUUUAGUCGUUUAGUCAUGUCCGACACUUCGUGACACCAUGGACCAGAGCACGCCAGGCACUCCUAUCUUCCACUGCCUCCCACAGUUUUGUCAAACUCAUGCUGGUAGCUUCAGAACACUGUCCAACCAUCUCGUCCUCUGUCGUCCCCUUCUCCUUAUGCCCUCCAUCUUUCCCAACAGCAGGGUCUUUUCCAGGGAGUCUUCUCUUCUCAUGAGGUGGCCAAAGUAUUGGAGCCUCAGUUUCACGAUCUGUCCUUCCAGUGAGCACUCAGGACUGAUUUCCUUCAGAAUGGAGAGGUUUAAUCUUCUUGCAGUCCAUGGGACUCUCAAGAGUCUCCUCCAGCACCAUAAUUCAAAAGCAUCAUUUCUUCUGCGAUCAGUCUUCUUUAUGGUCCAGCUCUCACUUCCAUACAUCACUACUGGGAAAACCAUAGCUUUAACUAUACGGACCUUUGUUGAAUUAAUGCACAUUUAUUAUUAUGGUUAUUUUACAUCCCUAGAUCUUAGGCCGGUUCACAAAUCUAAAAUCACAAUAUGAACAAAACCAAAACCAACGUGCCUAUUAAUUUAAUGGAGGGGCAGGUAAUCUAACUACCCCAUCGCUUCCUGUAACAAGGGGCACUUCAUCUCCCUCCGAUUACCGGGGUGGGAAUCAGACUCCCUCCUCCAGUGGCGCAGCUGCGCGAAUCCAGCAGGGGGCGCCCCACCCCUGCGCAACGCGCAACCCAUUGGCAGGAUCCCGGUGCGGUUCCUGCGCUGGGUGUCUCGUCCGGACUACGUGACUUGGGCCACAUCCAGCCCUUUGGGCGUUAGCGGGCUAUAUAAAGGGGAAGCGACGUCCUGCUUAACUUCAGUGCGGAUCCAGCCAGCCAGGUUAUCAUUGCGGGUGUGUAUUUGUUGCACCUGAACGGACGUAUUAAAUUGGGAAGGGGGAGCGCCAAGGGAUGCGGGCGCCUCUCCCCCUGAGUGGUACCCAGCAUGCUGACUGAUGAUGAUGGACCUUGCUUUUUUCUCCCAGGUGUGCGCCUGCUUCUCACCAUGGCGAACAAGGGAUUCUUCCAGCUGCUGAUGAAGAAGAAGGAAGUAAGUUUGAGAGCAGAUGCAGGGAUGGUGGUGCCAGACGGAUGGAGUCUGGCCAAGGAGAAGCGGGAGCAUCCUUGGGAUGGACGGAGAAGUCCUUCUCCUUGCGAGGAGGGGCUGGGAAAAGAGGCUUUUGGCUAAGCAUCUGCCCCUCCUCCCUCGCCAUCCUUUCCAAGCGCAUCUUUGGAGAGCAGAGACGGAGCUUAACUUUUAAGGAUUUGCUUAAGCAUCGCCCAGACCUUGCUAAUUUUUUUUUGGGGGGGGACACCCCUGACUUUCUUCUGUCUUCCAGCUUAUUCCUCUGAUCGGGUUUGUGAGUUUUGCUGGAUUCGGAGCCACCUUCGCUGGCUGGAACGCGUUGAGAAAACCCGAUCUGAUGUAAGCUCAUCCUUCCUUCAGCUUUGAAGGAACUUUGAAUUCGGGAGUUUUGUUUCCAAGUAGAUGUGUUUUAAACGGGGCUAUAAGAUCCUGCUUCGUAGAAAUGCACUAAUUUUUAAUUUAAAGAAACCUUUAAAAGUAUAACUAAUUACAGGAUGCGAUUUCUGAUCAUGACAUUUCAUUUUUAGUUUAAGAAAGUCUGACCCAGAACCGUGGCAAUAUGUGGAUCCGACCAAACCCCAGAAGGUAAUGAAAAUACUUGACCAAGAAAUGAAUUAUUAUAGGGCAUUUAGUCCCUAAGUAAAUGGUGGGGUUUUGUACAGAACUAUUAGCCGGGUGUGUGGUUGAUUUUUUUUAAGAAUUGCUAAUGUGUCAACAGAAUUGUAGUAUAUAGAGGAGCAUUGAGUUAAAGUAUUAACUUAUGCACUAUUUGCACCUGCGUUUCAAAAUUCUGCAACUUAUUUCGAGUGGAAAUUUUGGUUAUGGAAAACGUAAACUAAUUUGUAAAUUACUAGCCUCAUAAUAAUUUUUCCAUAAGCCUUGUUUGAGCAAAGGAAUCUUGCACCUGCCGAAAACAAAAGAAGAACAUUAAAAUUGAUUGGAAUUGGUUUUUUGUUGCUUUUAUUAAAAUUUUCUCAUAAAUUUAAACUGCUCUGGCAACAUAGUAUUAUUAUUAUUAUUAUUGUAAUAUAAUUCAGUAUUCUAUCAGCUUCCAAAAAUUUUGAGUCACUUCUCCAUUAAGAAAAUGACCAGGGUGCCUGCUCCUUCCUCCUUUAAAAUAGAGGACACAAUCCAUGAAAAAAUAAGCACCACAUAGCAUGUACUUUGCUCUUUCCCAUUAUUUUAUUUUACUGCGGCUGCAAUCCUAAUCCCUCUUACAUGAGAACAAACCUCAUUAAAAUGCAAGAAGACAUAUUUCUGCAUAGACAAGGAUAGAAUUGCACUGUAAAAAUGCUCUCUAACAUUAAUGCUGCUCAGAAUAGAUUCAUUUAUGUCAGUGAAUUUACUUGUGAGUAUGAGCUAGGUGGAAAUCACCCUUCAGCCAAAAAUACACUUUUGUUUGUAUCAUGCUCUGAGCAAUUUAUUCUUUUAUUUUGUACAAUUGAUGGCUUUUGGCUAAAUAAUAAAGAUCUGGACCCAAUGCCACGUUUAAUGUUUGUGAACUGCAAUGUGAUCGCUCUUGAUGAAGGGCAGUUUAAAAGUGGGAUAAAUCAUGCUCAUAAUUAUGACAAAGAUUUACAUUCCAGUGCUAUUUUUCUAGAAAAAACAAGUGCCGGAACUCACCAUGAACACCUGCCUUGCUCUCUUAUAAUGGCAAUGGCUGAAAAAAAAGCUUUGCAUCUAGUAAAUAUAUAGUUUAUAUGAUGAUGAUUAAGUGCAUUUAUUUGUCCCUUAAUAAAAAUAGUCUCAAAGUGACUUAGCAACAAGAUAAAAUAGAAACAGGUAAAAUAAAUUAAAAUCCAGAUUUUUAAAGGAGUACUAUGCAAAAUGCUCAACUGCUCAUCUGAAUAAUACGAUAAGAAGGACGAUGGCUUGCUUCUACGGUUAGCUGCCCGUGUAAUGAAAAUCAUGAAUGUACAACAUAACUGGUAUUUGGGGAGAAAUUGCUACAUGAUAUGCUUUGAGUUUGGGUUGGGUUUGUUUUAACACUUUGCUCUUUUUCCCUUGUUUUUGUCUUAAAAUGCCUGGUAGCAUCUAACAAUCAACCAGCAAUGGAAGCCCAUAGAAGAACUGGAGACAGUUCGAGAAAUGACGAAGCGAUGA